GUUGCGUUUCGUUUUCGAGUAUUACGGUUAAAAAGGUGUUCCGUUUCGAGAACGCUUUACGUCGCGUCUAUUGGUCCGCUUUUGUCACAUGACGACAAAUGAACGGAAGUGGAGGAUACGGUCGCUGAAGGAAGAGGAUCAGCCGUUGCCAUCAGGAUGCAGAGCACCACCAACUACCUGUGGCUGAUCUCUGAUCUGCUGGGUCAGGGAGCCACCGCCAAUGUUUACAGAGGGCGACACAAGAAAACUGGAGACCUCUACGCUGUCAAGGUCUUCAACAACCUCAGCUUCCUGCGUCCACUGGACGUCCAGAUGAGAGAGUUUGAGGUUCUGAAGAAGCUCAACCACAAAAACAUCGUCAAGCUGUUCGCCGUGGAGGAAGAGUCCAACACACGCCACAAAGUACUGGUGAUGGAGUACUGUCCCUGUGGGAGUCUCUACACUGUCUUAGAGGAGUCCACCAACGCUUAUGGACUCCCCGAGGACGAGUUCCUCAUCGUUCUACAUGACGUGGUGGCGGGUAUGAACCACUUGAGGGAGUACGGAAUCGUCCACCGAGACAUCAAGCCAGGAAACAUCAUGAGGGUGAUUGGGGAAGACGGACGCUCCGUCUACAAACUGACAGACUUUGGAGCAGCCAGGGAGCUGGAGGACGACGAGCAGUUUGUGUCUCUGUACGGGACAGAAGAAUAUCUGCAUCCUGACAUGUACGAGCGAGCAGUGCUGAGGAAGGACCACCAGAAGAAGUACGGCGCCACCGUGGACCUGUGGAGUAUCGGCGUCACCUUCUAUCACGCCGCCACCGGCAGCCUCCCCUUCAGACCCUUUGAGGGACCGCGACGGAACAAGGAAGUGAUGUAUAAAAUCAUCACAGAAAAACCGUCCGGAACCAUCUCAGGUCACCAGAAAUGUGAAAACGGUAAAAUCGAGUGGAGCACAGAGAUGCCGGUGUCCUGCAGUCUGUCCAAGGGGCUCCAGAGUCUCCUGACCCCUGUGCUCGCCAACAUCCUGGAGGCAGAUCAGGAGAAAUGCUGGGGCUUCGACCAGUUCUUCGCCGAGACCAAUGACAUCCUGCACCGGGCGGUGGUUUAUGUCUUCAGCCUGCAGCAGGCGACGCUGCACCACGUCUACAUCCACGAGUACAACACGGCAGCGCUGUUCCAGGAGCUGUUGGCUCGCAGGACGAGUAUUCCUCUUCACAACCAGGAGCUGCUCUACGAGGGUCGUCGCCUUGUCCUGGACCCCAACCGCCAGGCCAAGUCCUUCCCUAAGACAUCCAGAGACAAUCCCAUCAUGCUCGUCAGCCGAGAGUCGGUCGCUAUGGUUGGACUUAUCUUUGAAGACCCCAGUCCACCCAAAGUUCAGCCCCGAUACGACCUUGACUUGGACGCCAGCUACGCAAAGACUUUUGCCGGUGACGUCGGACACUUGUGGAAAACUUCAGAGUCUCUCCUGGUCUAUCAGGAGCUGGUGAGGAAAGGAGUCAGAGGUUUAAUAGAGCUGAUGAAGGAGGACUACAGUGAGAUCCAGCAUAAGAAGACAGAGGUGUUCCAUCUGUGUAACUACUGCACACAGAUACUGGAGAAGAUGGAUCAGCUGUUUGAGAUACUGAUGCAGGCCAACGUGCUAGUGAGCGAAUAUGACGAGAUCUCAGACAUGCACAAGAAAAUCAUCAGAAUCUCCAGCUCCAUGGACCCGAUCGAACAAACGACGCAAGACAUUAAGAGCAAAUUCCUUCCUGGCGGUCCGCUGACCGACACAUGGACGCAGCAAGUGGGGACGCACCCAAAAGACAGGAAUGUGGAGAAAAUCAAAGUUCUCCUUGACGCCAUCACGGCCAUCUACCAGCAGUUUAAGAAGGACAAGGCAGAGAGACGUCUUCCAUACAACGAGGAGCAGAUCCAUAAGUUUGACAAACAGAAGCUGGUCCUUCAUGCCAGUAAAGCUCGGUCUCUCUUCACCGAAGAGUGUGCCAUGAAGUAUCGUCUCUUCAUCUCCAAGAGCGAGGAGUGGAUGAGAAAGGUUCAUUUAGUGAAGAAGCAGCUGCUGGGGCUGACUGGUCAGCUGAUGAGCAUCGAGAAGGAGGUGACCAUGCUGAUGGAGAGAGCCGUGAAGCUUCAGGAGCAGCUUCCUCAGAAAGUGCUCCCUCUAGUGUCCAGUGGGAUGAAACCUCAGGCUUAUCUGAGCCAGAACACGCUGGUGGAGAUGACGCUUGGGAUGAAGAAGCUGAAGGAGGAGAUGGAGGGCGUGGUCAAAGAGCUUGCGGAGAACAACCACUUCUUAGAAAGAUUCGGGACGCUGACGUUGGACGGGGGACUGCGGGGCUGAGGAGUCUGCACACGUUCUCUCUCUCUGUAAAACUUGUAAAUAACGUGGGCCAGUUGUCUCGGUGUGAACGAACCCUCCUGCUGACGUGUGAGCUGUGAAAACAUCCACGACGUUCAGACCUGACCGCGUGUGAAAGGCUGUGCUCGUACCACAGGAACUCUUAGUCCGAGGAACUAUAAAUUAUCAGGAGACCCCGAAACUGGAGCAAUAACACAAACAUGGUAAACGCGGAGGAGGUCGUUAGGCUGCUGAUGAUUGCGACUUUUUUUUUUCUUCUUCUAAGGCUUAAAAUCAGGCAAGACCUAAAACAAGACAAACCCGAGUGGAAGCUCAUAAAAAGGUACAUAUUACCCGACCGUAUGACUUCCCGGAGUCCUUGUACCAGGAACUCGGGCCUGUAUUCACAGCAUGUCUUAGCUGCGUGCGCUUGAGCAAUGAACCAAAUGUCCACUGCAGGUUCAGAUGCUGUAAUCUCUUCAUUGGCUGCUCUGACACUGAUCCUGUAUCAGUUGGUGUCAAAGAUUAUGAAGAGCUACUGAAAUAGCCCACAGUUCCUGUUGGGAUGUAAAGAUAAACUCAACUCACAAUGCGAUAUGAUUCACGUUUUUAUCACAAUUUAUUUUAAAACAAAAUGACCUGCGGACAAAUUAAAAACAGUGAUCCUUUAUUUGUAAAAACUAUGCAAAAUACCAUUACCAUCGGCAAUAGUCUUGUGUAUCUCAAUCUUAAAUAACAGAAUAUUAAAAAAAAAAAACGAUCUCUUAUUUCAAGUCUAACUGUUCUGGUCAAACUGUAUAAUAUUUUGUAUAUAUAUAUACAAAAUAUUUUUAAAAACAAGAGAUUAUAAAAAACAUUUACUGUAAGGAGUUCCUCACUUCACAGAAUCACAGUUUCUGGGGAAGAAGCUCGUCCCACGUUCUGUUCGAACACCUGAAUGUCACUUAGGCUAGGUACGGACCUGACAUGUUGGUUUAAAACCAGGUCACAACCAACGUUUUAGGAACAUACCGCCACCUGCUGGACUAGCGUGUGUAGUCUCAUUUGUAGUAGUGUGUAGUCUCAGACUUUUUGCGAUAAUGCAGUCUACUCCUUACGACUUGAUGCACAAUUCAUUUUUUAUUUGAACCAAUGCGAAUUGUCACCGAUCUUUCUUUUCGAUUGUUACAGAUUCACGAUGCAUUGUGACAUCCUUAGUUCCUGAUAAUAGUUCCAGCCAAUAUUAAGACGCACAUAUUAACUGUCAACCUGCUGCUUAAUACACGUUUACCACCAUCAUUACCGUGUAUUAUUUAUGAUCAAGUACGAAUAAUUAUUUUAUUCUCAACAACUGUAAAUUGAGACCUAAAGUAGUAAGUAUUUAUUAGUAACUAGUACAUGACAUUAACAUGUUAUUAAGCAGCAAUAAAUAGUUAAUAAAGCAUCUGGAUGUUCAGAAUAAGUAAAAAAAAAA